AUGUCUCACACAGCCAACCCACGCGCUCCCAAGCCCGACCCAUCCAACGCACCUCGCGAGACCACUGGACCCGUCGCCGCCGACUCGCUGGCGGCCGAGUCCCUCAAGGCAUCGGGCGGGUUCGCGGAGAACGAGGACGCGCACGCCCUGGGUGUCAAGGGCGCACAGUCGACGCUGAACACGACCGACACACAGGCCGCGACGGCCCUGCCUCCUGCUAGCAGUGGCGCCGCGCGCGAGAAGAAAGAGGCCCUCGCCGCUGGUGCCGACGAAAAGGGCACCACAGGCCUCAAGCUCGAUGCCCUUGGCCAGCCUGACUUUGACGGCACCCAUAGUCUGCUCGGGUAUUCUGGGGGACCGAGCGGUGGUGCUUCUGGGGGCUCUGGUGGUGCUGGUACUACGACUAGUGGAGCGAAUGUCAAGGCGGGCGAUUCGGAUUUCGGGGCCAGUGGUGUGUCCAGCGGUGGUGGUAGCGGACAGGUAGAUUCCAAUAUCAAAUCGACAGGUUCGGAUCUGUCUGGUGGAAGCGCCGGGGGCGCUGGAAAAUCAUCGUCAGGUCCAAAGGUGGUAUCGUCGACGUCGGCAACCAACACCGCGUCGUCAUCCACAGGCCCACCGGCCGGAUCUGGUGUGCGACCGCAUGUCGAUGGCGCCCCAACAUAUACUGGUGCAGUGACUGGCGACAUCCUGCCUGAGAGCACUUUCAAGCCCAAGGGUGAGAACUUGGAGGAUGCGGACAUGACGCAGAGUAUCCCACAGACCAAGACGUUCACGGGGAAUGUGGGCGGUGCCAAAGAUCCCGGUCGUCUUGCUGAGCGUGACUUUGAGGGUCGGAACAAUGAGCCAAACCCUGAGUUGAGACAAUCAGGUAAAGAAGAUGGAAAUCAGACGGGUAAUUCGCAGGGCCAGUAUGACGUCCUACAGAGUGAAAAGAUUUGA